AUGUCGAGCAUGUUCUCGAAAGCCACGGCGGCUCUCAAGGGUCAGAGCAAUGCCAGUGCGAACAGCGAGGAUGGAGAAUCGCUCACGACAGUACUCAAGACCGAAGAUGAUCGAAGCGCUCUCACUAUCCUGAUCGCGGACUGUACCGAGGCUAUGAGGAAGGUCAUCGUGGACGCCUUUGACGCGAAAGAGACUGGCAAGAAAGCCGACUUGAUCGCCAAUGUCGAGAGUGAAGAGAGUGAGAAUGAUGCUGCUGCAGUCUUGGAGGAAGACGUCAUGGGUCAGACACAAAAGGACCAGAAAGAGGCUGCAGACCUAAAGCAGAAGCAGGAGAAAGAGCUAGCCCAACGCGAGAAAGAGUUGAGUGCCGAGAAGAUGCAGGAGCUCAACGCUGCUGCUCUCAAGCACUUCGAUGACUGGCGAUCUGCUGUGAUGCAGAGGGUGGGUGAAGUUGUGAACUCUCGUGAGGUAGCAGAUGAGCAGAAAAAGCAUGCUGCACCGAAGAAAGAGACCGGCGAUCAGGAACAGCAAAUGGCGCCUCCAAUGAAGUUCCCAGAUCUGCCCAAGUACGACGAGGGAGUGCAGCACUCCAUGUUGCAGCUGUAUCCGCCCGUACAAAACACAUUGAGGAGCUUGCCGGAAGAGAAGCGAGCUGUUAUACUGCACUCCGUCCUACUUCUCUUGCUCAGCUUGGAGAACUACCAAGCUCAUUCAAGAGUUCUGCUGCUGCAUUUGUCUACGAGCCUACAUCUCCCGAUCGAGUUCCUUGCUACGGACGAGAGUAAAGUUGCCAGAGUCCUGCUGACAGCUGCCGAGAGCAUGAAUGCAGACGAAGAGACGAAGAAGGCAGCAGAAGAAAACAAGAGCGGUCGAAAGUGGAAGGUCGGCCUAGCUACAGUAGCUGGAGCUGCCCUAAUUGGCAUCACUGGUGGUCUGGCGGCACCGCUUCUUGCUGCUGGCAUCGGAACAGUCAUGGGCGGGCUAGGCCUUGGCGCAACCGCAGCUGCUGGCUACCUUGGAACAUUGGCUGCAAGUUCUGUGCUUGUCGGAAGUCUCUUUGGCGCAUACGGUGGACGUAUGACGGGCAAGAUGAUGGAUCAGUAUGCACGGGAGGUCGAAGACUUCGCCUUCAUUCCAUUGAGAGAUCAUCACAAGCCGCGGAAGAUCGAGAAUGAAUACCGACGACUACGUAUCGCCAUCGGCAUCAGUGGCUGGCUAACCAACCAGGAUGAGGUUGUGGAGCCUUGGAAAGUGCUUGGAGCUCAACUUGAAUCAUUCGCGUUACGCUUCGAGCUCGAGAGCCUGAUGUCGCUUGGAAAUGCUAUGACUACGAUGGUCACCUCCGCUGCUUGGAGUUAUGCGAAAGUUGAGAUCAUCAAGAGGACUCUCUUUGGCGCAUUAACUGCUGGACUAUGGCCACUUGCUCUGCUCAAGGUUGGACGAGUCAUCGAUAAUCCAUUCAGUGUUGCCAACUAUCGUGCCAUCAAAGCAGGCGAGGUUCUUGCAGACGCAUUGAUCAACAAGGCUCAAGGAGAACGCCCUGUCAAUCUGGUUGGAUACAGCUUGGGUGGCAAGGUCAUCUAUUCGUGUCUGCAGAAGCUUGCCGAGCGCAAAGCAUUCGGCUUAGUCGAGUCUGCCGUGAUGAUAGGAACUCCGGCGCCUUCAACUGCCGCCGACUGGAGAAUGAUCAGGUCCGUCGUUGCUGGCCGAGUUGUCAAUGUCUACAGUACGAACGACUAUAUCCUUGGGUUCUUGUAUCGCAGUCAAAGUGUCUCACUUGGCAUUGCCGGCUUACAGGCCGUAGAGAACGUUAAGGGCGUCGAGAAUGUGGACGUCAGCGAUACUGUGAAUGGGCACACUGCAUAUCGCUUCUUGACUGGCAGAAUUCUCAAGCAGAUCGGCUUCGAAGACCUAGAUGUUGAAGGUAUGGAGGAAGAGGAAGAAGCGCUCAAACUACAAGAAGCCAAGGAUGAGAUGGAGCGUGAGCGCGCAGAGUCCGAGCAGACCGGCAGUGGAGAGAAGGAGGUAUCGGACGAGGACGUUCAAAAGCUCGAGAAACAGAUCGAGGAGAAGAAUGAGCAGAGCUACGUUGGCUGGGCGCAAGAAAGGCUCGUGGCGACGGGAACGAGCGCAUCACAGGCUCUGCAGAAAGCUAAGGCGCAAUGGUAUCAGAAGACAGCAGGCAAGCCGGCGAAUUCAGACUUGCAGAACGAUGAAGCUGCGGCCGAUGCGAAGGAAGUUGAGAUACCGCCGGCGUUGCGUGAAAGACCAAAGCAUGCGGACGUCAAGCGCAAGCCUUUACCAUCAUGA